UCAGGUGACGGCCCGCGGAGCGGAAGUGCCGCGCGGAAAGGGGUCCGGCGGGAGGGGGGUGCCGAGGCGGCGCGGGAGAAGCCGAGCCCCGCGUGUGAAGUCUCCGGUGUCGUUUUGUCGCCGUGAGCGCACUGCCGGGACACUGAGGCCAACGGCCGUGGGCCCGGGAGGACCAGCCGUCCGCGCGGCCUGGGCAUGGAAGCGGAGGCCGCGGGCAGCUAUUCCCUUGAGCAAGCUCAAGCAUUUUACCCGUCGUUUCCAUAUCAACCAGUGAUGGCUGAAGCUCCUCACCUGGCAGUCCCGGCGACAGAACAGCAGAUGCCAGCAGAAGCCCCCGCCCCGGCUCCUGCCCAGGAACCUGUGAAAGGGACUCCAAGAGGAAGGAAGAGAAAAGCCAGAGUGUCAGAGCCCACGGCACCCAUGGAAGCCAAGAAACCUGCUGAGUCCAAAAAAUCCAGCAAGGCCACAAAGUCCAAGGAAAAGCAAGAAAAAAUUACAGACACAUUCAAGGUGAAAAGGAAAGUAGACCGUUUCAACGGCGUGUCCGAGGCAGAACUUCUGACCAAGACGCUCCCUGAUAUUUUGACCUUCAAUCUGGACAUCGUGAUUAUUGGCAUAAAUCCAGGCCUCAUGGCUGCCUACAAAGGGCAUCAUUACCCUGGACCUGGAAACCAUUUCUGGAAGUGUUUGUUCAUGUCGGGGCUGAGCGAGGUCCAGCUCAGCCACAUGGACGACCACACCUUGCCUGGAAAGUAUGGGAUCGGCUUUACCAACAUGGUGGAGAGGACGACGCCGGGCAGCAAGGACCUCUCCAGUAAAGAAUUUCGUGAAGGAGGACGUAUUCUAGUACAGAAAUUACAGAAAUAUCAGCCACGCAUAGCGGUGUUUAAUGGAAAAUGUAUUUAUGAAAUUUUUAGUAAAGAAGUUUUUGGAGUAAGGGUUAAGAACCUGGAAUUUGGGCUUCAACCACACAGGAUUCCUGACACAGAAACUCUCUGUUACGUUAUGCCAUCGUCCAGCGCCAGAUGUGCGCAGUUCCCCCGCGCCCAGGACAAGGUUCACUACUACAUUAAGCUGAAGGACCUGCGGGACCAGCUCAAGGGCAUCGAGCGGAACACGGACGUGCAGGAAGUGCGCUAUACGUUUGACCUGCAGCUCGCCCAAGAGGAUGCAAAGAAGAUGGCUGUGAAGGAGGAGAAGUACGACCCGGGUUACGAAGCUGCCUACGGCGGGGUGUACAGCGAGAACCCAGGGGGCGCUGAGCCCUGCAGCCUCGCCUCCAACGGGCUGGCCGGCAGUGCCGAGUUCGGGGAGUCGGCGUUCGGUAGCAUCCCGAAUGGACAGUGGAUGCCCCAGCCUUUCACGGACCAGACCCCGCCCUUGGCCGACCGUCCUGGACCGCAGGAGCUGCAGGAAGGGAGCCACGCCUGAGGACGGAGCUUCCAUGCUGCCGGCUGCUGCAGUUCUAGUGCAGCUCUCGGGAAGGCCGCCUCGGUUCCUGACUGACGCCUAUCAGUCGUGCUUACCCGAGUGAUAACCCUGGCACGGCAGAGCCGUGUGACAGAAUCAGCCCUAUGGACCUGAGUAGUUGGGAAGGGAGAAAUAGGGGCUUUUUUAUGCGUUUUUGUAUUUGAACUAGCUCUCAUGCCAGCUUUUUAUAUGCUAUAUUUCCUUUAUGAAGAAUCCGAUUUUCUUGUUGGAAUCACUCCCGAUCUGUAAUUUUAAAAUACAGCAGGCUGACUGAGCAUGGUGGUGCAUGCCUGUAAUCCCAGCCACUUGGGAGGCUGAGGCAGGAGGAUUGCCAUGAGUUCAACACCAGCCUAGGCUACAUAGUGAGACACCAUGCAACAGUUUGAAUAUUUAUACUUGAUUCCUAACUGUGUACCCCUCACUAAGCUAUUACCCUUGUGUGCCCAAGAUGGGCAUCUGGCCAGACGACACUGGGGAGAGGCAGGUGACCACGCCAGACAGAUGAGCUCAGGCCUGCCAGCUCGUGUUCACGCUCAGGCCACUUCCCUUUGCCGUGGUGACGUCUGUGACAGUGGCUCAGAGUAGAAACACUGGCGUUGCCGUGGCCAGGCUAACGUGGCCCUGUGGACAGGGCCUGACCCUGUGUGCUAAUUAUUGGUCUAGUGGGCAGUAUGUCCGCCGAGCUGGCGGCUUCCAGAGACACAGGAGACUGUGCUGCUUGUCUCUAGCUCCCAGGCGUGGAUUUGCUGGGGAGGAACUGGAUCUGUCAGCGCUCGUCUCCUCUGAGUUUACCCUGCUUGGCACGGAGCGUCAUAGGAAAGGAACUUUCAGGCUGAGCCACCAGGUGCUGCAGGUGUUUGAUAAUCUUAUUUAAACAGGUGCUUUGUGUACAUGAGAUGUACUAAAUUAAACAGUAGAUGUUUUCCUAUUAGGUCGAUGUAAUGAGUCAAUAAUUUAGAAACUAGAUGUGCAUCCUUGCUGUUUGCUACUGUGAGCGCAGCGAACCUCACAGAAAGGUGCAAUUCUGGACUUUUGUGAGUUUCUAACGCGUUUUCCAUGGUGCUACGAACAGUCCAGCCCGCAGGCCGUGCGCACUCACUCUGACACUCCCAGGCCCUGACUGUGUGGCCAGGUGCGCGCCUUUGCGGCAGUGUGAGCGCCCUGAGGUUUCCCUGUCCCGCAGGAGGGCGUGUGGCCUGCGUUCUAUUUAUAAGAGGAACAAGUCCUUGCUGUAAAUCUUACCCUGCUCUUUAGCUGUAGCCAUGAUGGAUUGUAUUUUUAUUUGUGUGGGUCACGCAGUGUGGAAGUUGCUCGUGGUAUUUAAAUGAUGCGCGGUGCUGCUGUGCACGCGGCGAUCCCGGGGUGGAGCGGCUUGUGUCAGGGACCAGGAGGGGGGUGAUGGUCUCCCCGGCCCGGUGCCGCUCGCUGCGUUCUGCCCUGGCCCUGCCGUAGGCUUCUCUUGGGCUGCCAGCCACUGACCAGCGUGGGGUUCGGGCUUCCCAAGCGUAUGGGCACAAUGGAUUCAUCCAACAGGACGGAUGACUAGAAAAUGUUGACAUACCCUGUACAUGACAGUAUAGACUUUUCAUUAAAUGAUAUUGAAAGAUUUUUAAAUUCA